AUGGCUGAAAUGGAGGGCAAAGGCUUUUCGCUGCUGGAUGCCAGUAUCUCAGAUCUUCAACACGCCCUAUCAGCAGGCCAUACCACUAGCGUAGAUCUGGUCUCUCGCUACUUGCGCCGAAUCAUCACCUAUGACGCCAAUGGACCAAAACUCAGUGCCAUUCCAUUGCUGAAUGCGGGCGCUCUGGAAGAGGCUGCCGCGUCGGAUGCAUGGCGUGCAGCAGGCCAUGCACCCAGGCCGCUUGAGGGUAUUCCGUACCUUGUCAAGGAUAGCAUCAAGGUGAAGGGCAUGACCGUUGCCAACGGCUCGCCAGCCUUCGAAACCCUCGUGGCGACAGAAGACGCUGCCUGCGUCCAGAUCCUCCGAGAGGCUGGUGCCGUCCUCCUUGGUCGCACGAAUAUGCCAGCAAUGGCAUACGGGGGCAUGCAGCGUGGCUCCUGGGGCCGAGCUGAGAGCCCUUAUAACCCAGAGUAUCUGGCAGCCGCCUACGCAUCCGGUUCGUCCAACGGCUCUGCCGUGGCAACAACCUCCAACUUCUGCGCAUUCUCUCUUGGGUCAGAGACUGUCUCUUCCGGGCGGUCCCCCGCCUCGAAUAAUGCCAUUGUCGCUUAUACGCCGUCCAAGGGCCUUCUUCCACUCCGCGGGGUUUUCCCACUUUACCCGACCUGCGACGUCCUGGUGCCCCAUACCCGGACAGUCAUGGACUUGUUCCAUGUCCUGGACGUACUGGCAGUGAAGGAUAAAGCCCCCGUGGGAGACUUCUAUAAUGAGCAGAACGUCGUUCCCAUUCCAUCCGUCGAAUCGAUCCGACCAAAGUCCUUUCUCACGCUAGCCCACCCGACAUGCCUGCGAGGAAAGCGAAUCGGCGUUCCAUCAAUGUACAUCGGCGGCGACGACUCAUCACUGGCGCCCAUAAGCAAAGUGCGUACUCGAGAGUCGAUCAUCAAACUGUGGCAAGAAGCCCGGGGUGCCCUUGAAAGCCUCGGCGCCGAGGUAGUCGAGACAGACUUCCCCUUGGUGACAAAGUACGAAGCCAACGCCGCAUCCGGCCAACUAGUCACUGUCGAUAACUUACCUGACGGCUGGCCAGCCAAAGAGAGAUGUGAGGUCGUCGCACACGCAUGGGAUGACUUUCUCGCUGUGAAUGGGCAGGAAGACCUCAAGUCACUGACGAGCGUGGACCCCGCGACGAUCUUCCCUCUUGCACCGGGGUCUCUCCUCGGAGCACCCGAAGCCGCAAACAAGCCACGAUGGGGCGAGAUCGUUGAAUACCCGCGCAAUAAACCUGACUCUAUCCUCGACAUUCCAGGGAUACACCAGGCGAUCCGCGCUUUGGAAGACGCACGCAAAGAGACAUUUGAAAAGUGGAUGGACAAUCUCGGCCUGAGACGCCAUGUGGACGAGCAGCAGUCGAUGUUCGCGUGGAGUAAUGGCGUCAAGUACUCCAACGGCAACAGGCCUAUUCGCCAUCUCGGAGUGCCGACUAUCUCGAUCCCAAUGGGUAUCAUGGAGGAUACGCAGAUGCCCGUUAACCUGACUUUCGCUGGGAAAGCCUACGAAGACACGGCGCUGUUACAGUAUGGCUAUGCGUUCGAGAUGGCAACCAAACGCCGUGUCCAGCCGCCUCGUGUCCCUGCUCUCGAUUCUGACCAAAUUCUGCGCAAGAGUAUCACCCGUGACAUCUCCUCCCAAAAUCGCCUGGAGCUCUCAGUGGAUAGAAAGUCCAAGAAGCUGGUGGGAGCGGAGGUCCAAAUCCAUAUCGAGGGGUCGCUCAAUGCAGAUGCGGAUAGCAUUUCUUGCUACAUCAAUGGCCAACCCUACAAGCCCGCUUUGAUGGAAAGAGCAUGGAGUAUUGUCGUCUCUUACCCUUCUUCUGAAAGAGACGAGCCUUGGAAGAGAUGGAGCAGCCCUGCCCUGACUCAGACAACGGUGCUUAUCAAAGCUUCUUCGAGCAGCGGGGCUAUUGCUGGGAAGCUGGUCAUUCUCUGA